AUGAAUUCCAAACCACAUUACAAUACUCAUAAAUUAACAUUGACUAAGCCCAGCAAGAAAUCUCAAUUUUAUUCGGACGAUGGAGAAAGCACUACGCCUCAUUCAAUCAACUCUUUCAAACAACAUAAAUAAGAGUUUUAAACUGAUGAUUCUGACUGUGGCACUCCAAUAAGUCCCUCAGGUAAGACCCCACAAAAACCUUAACAAUCAAAAUUCAAACCAAAACCCUCCACAAUCUAAUAACUCUUCACAAACACGGCUAAGAAUGUAUUGUAAAAUAAGUAAACUCAUUCAGAUGCUGAAUUGAAAACCUAAAAAUAAUACGAAGUCUCCGUAAAAAAUCACCCCUUUAGACAUUUAAUAUUCGGAGAAUCCGUUUCAGAAACUACCCUUAAGAAGCAUCUCCUAUUGACUUAAAGAGGUUUAAUCUAUGCAACUAAAUGUUUGAAGGGACCCAGUGAUUAAUUUAUCAAAUCUCGUCAAGUUGAAGUCCCAAAAGAAGAAAACAAAUCAAAAGUUCUUCUUCUAGAUUUAGACGAAACUCUCAUACAUUGUUGUGGUAGUAAAGAGUAAGCCUAAGUUAACAUUAAUUAAAUAAGUUUCAAUGUAAGACCCUAUACAAAUUACUUUUUAAAUAAAUUAUCGUAAGUAUAUUCAAUUUUCGUAUUCACAGCAUCCUCGCCUUCUUAUGCAAGUAUAGUUGUGGAUUAUUUGGAUCCCGAUUAAACUAAAAUUAUCGGAAUAUUUUCAAGGAAUCAUUGCAUGGAAACUAAAAAUGGUUUCUUUAUUAAGGAUUUGAGAACUCUAAAAGACAUUGAUUUAAGUUCCACACUAAUUGUUGACAAUUUGGCUCAUAGUUUCGGACUAUAGAUUGACAAUGGAAUACCAAUACUUGAGUGGAAUUCUGAUGAAAAGGAUGAAGAGUUGAAGUAAUUGGCAGAGUACCUUAUAAGAGCCAGUCAAGUGGAGGAUGUUAGAAUAUUUAAUCGAGAGAAUCUUCGUUUAAGAGAAUUAAUCAACUACUAAUUAUGA